UAUAAUAUGACAUGUUUUCAUCAAGAAAAUCAAUAUUUGUUUUUGAAAUACGAGUGUCCCAUUUUUUUGGACCACCCUGUAUAUAAUUUAAAAUGGUGAAAAGAAACUUCCCAAAAUAAAUUUUCAACUUUUUGUGAAAGUACAGACUAUACACAACUACCUUAAAAUUCUCUGAUAGCCAAGGCAGGUUAACCUGCUUGCAAAAGUACACUUACUAUCACCAAUCAGGUUAAAGUAUAAAGAAUAGGUCUAGAAGUGUAGAGUAUUUCAAGUGGCAAAUGUACUGCAUAUUGACAUUGUUUCAAAUAGCACACAACUCAGUCAACAAUAUGUGCCAUAAAUGCCAAUAUAUUUUUGAGUCGAUCAGAGUGCAUACACUGGUACUAGACUAGUUAUUGGCAGCAACUGCACUGUAAUCUAGAUAUUAGACAGCAAUGGAUGCCAGAAAGACAGGGCUUGGGAUUGUAACUGGGGUGCUGGUGUACAUGUUAGUGAUGCACACAAGCACCCUACUCUACACAUUGGGCCUUGCUGUGGUGGCCUGUAUUGCAGUGGUCCUCUACAACAUCUGGGGCUUCAUGCAACCCCUGCAGUCUGUCACUGUGGCCAACAAAGCAGUUCUCAUAACAGGUUGUGACACAGGGUUUGGCAAUACACUUGCAAGGCAGCUAGACAGUCUUGGCUAUACUGUUUUUGCUGGAUGCUUAUUUUCAACCAAAGAUGGAGCGCAAGAACUGAAAAUAGCCUCAUCUCCAAAACUGCACAUUGUCCAACUAGAUGUAACAAAUGAUGAUGACAUCACAAAUGCCCUGGGUUAUGUUAAAGAUGUGUUGGACAGAACUAAGUUAGAGCUAUGGGCUUUGGUGAAUAAUGCCGGCAUAGGUGUAUUUGUCCCUUACGAGUGGUGCAGUGCUGCCACAUUGAGGAAGCUCUUUGAUGUGAAUAUAUUUGGCAUGGCUAAUAUGACCACAACAUUUCUGCCUCUCUUAAAACAGAGCAAGGGACGAGUAGUGAAUGUUGCCAGUCGAGCAGGACGCUUUGUUGCCCCAAAUUUUGUUCCUUAUGCAAUGACGAAAUUUGGAGUAGUUGCCUUCAGUGAGGGACUGGGUCAAGAGAUGGCAGAUUUUGGUAUCCAUGUUGCCAGCAUUGAGCCAAUACUGUACAAGACUCAAAUCAUUAACUGGGAGAACAUGAAACAGAACAUAAUGAGAGAGUGGGACCAGCUCCCAGGAGAAACCAGAGCCACCUAUGGUGAGGCUUUCCUCCAAUCACAUGUCAACAAGGUAAAGGAAAUUAUCCUUGAAGGUCGUGAAAAUAUUCAAGAAGUGACUGACACAAUGUUACAUGCAGUAACAUCAACCAACCCACAAAUCAAAUACAGCGCCCCUCAGGUUCAGUCGUAUUUUGAAGAAAUGCUUAUCAGACUUUUGCCUUCAGUCAUUCUUCACAGACUGAUGUGCAAAUAUAAAGCACCUGUUAAACCUGGCACUUUAUAAUGUGUUCAAAUAUCACAAAGAGCUAGAUGCACGCUUUAUAGAGGUUAUGGUCCCAUGGCCAGCAUGCCUGACCUGACAGCUUAUAUGUACCAAACAUGAGGCCAUAUUAAACUCUUGGAACUAAUCGGUAGCUCAAUAACAGGAAAAAUAUCUUUUUUCAAUUGUCAUAUUGUAUGACAAGGACUAGCUCUUCAUGCUUUUAAGAAUACACACCUAUGACUAUGAUGUUGAUGUACAUGUACUCAGUGUAUCAAUUAUCACUGAUUGUAUGAUAAAGGGAACACCAUGGCUCCAUGUAAGGCUUGCCAACAAAUGCAGACAUGUUAAUGUUCCCCAUAGUUAUAAACAAUCUGUAGUAUAAAUGUUAAGACACAUUGUAUAUGGUAUAUAUUUCAUUCAAUCUUCAUUGUUGAGUUACAUGCUAAUGGCAUAAAAAUUAAGCCACUACCUUUAGAACAAAGCCUUGGUUUCACCUGCCCAACAAGUAUUUGAUUAUUUUCAAGCAUAAUGUUUUCUAAAUAUCUGUGUCUUUCUGGAACAUAUGCCUCCAGCUAUUCAAAUUGUACCAUUUUAAGGCCACAGAACUCAUUUUUUACAUUAGAAUGGCUUUUGACUCAAUGGGGUUAAAUGUGUUGUCCCUAAUUAAAGGACAUGGAAAUUUGGUAUCGAGUAAAUGGUGCUAAUUGGGUCACUACCUGCGAAAAAAGACAACUCUAAUAGCUGACAAUAUACUUUUGCACUAAGAUGCAAACAAUUUAAUAUUUCUAUUAUAUUCAUUGUUUUGACAGCAAAGCAAAAUGUAGUGGACAAAACAGGGUUUAAGCUUUUACACACAAGCCUGUGGAAAAAGUGAACACUUGAAAAUAAUAAAUGACUUUGAAUUAACAUAAUGUUGUAAAAUGAUAUCUCAAUGUUUAAUUUCCAUAUAUCUGCUCCUCUUAUACAGGGUGAGCACAAGGGAAGUGAAAAUAUGUGAAUUCUGAGAAACUGUUUAGAAUGAUAUGUUACGUUAUGUUUGAAAUGUCACCUUGUACAAAUUAAACAGUAAAUGUCAGUGGUAAGUCUUUGAUAGAUAGCUGCCAAAUGAUGUACAAAUUUACAUUAUCACAUAUUACAUGUACAAACAAUAAAAAUUGUGAAUUUUUGAUAAAUAGUUAUUCUUUUCUUAUGAUAAAUAUUUAUUUCAUGACAUUAUUCGAGAUACAAAUACAAUAAAAAAAUGAAACCACAUUUCGGGGUCUUAUUUUCAAAAUGUACCAUGGAACUUGUGUAAUCCUGAGAGCACAUAUUGUUGUUUGAUAUUAUAUCAUGAUAGGAUAUACUUACAGAAUGGUAAGAAAACUUGAUGUCUCCACACAAAAUUAAUAAAAUGAAGCCUAACAACUUACU